AUGGUGACGCGGUAGGCGCGCGCGGCGCUUGCGCGGUGGCGGGGCGGCGGCGAUGAAGGUGGCGGUCGCAGGGUGCUGCCAUGGCGCCCUGGACAAGAUGUACGAGACACUGGAGCUGCUGCAGCGGCGGCACAACGUGCGGCCCGACCUCCUGCUCUGCUGCGGCGACUUCCAGGCCGUGCGCAACGAGGCCGACCUGCACUGCAUGGCCGUGCCCGCCAAGUACCGCCAUAUGCAGACCUUCUACCGGUACUACUCCGGCGAGAAGAAGGCCCCGGUCCUCACGGUGUUCAUUGGUGGGAACCACGAGGCAUCCAACCACUUACAGGAGCUGCCCUACGGCGGGUGGGUGGCGCCCAACAUCUACUACCUCGGUUACGCGGGUGUUGUGAGGUAUCGCGGAGUGAGGAUUGGCGGCAUCUCUGGCAUCUUCAAGUCACACGACUACCGGAAAGGCCACUUUGAGUGUCCACCGUAUAACCAGCAAACAAUCAGAAGUGCUUACCAUGUGAGGAAUAUCGAAGUCUUCAAACUCAAGCAGUUAAAGCGUCCAAUUGAUAUAUUUAUGUCACAUGAUUGGCCAAGGAGCAUCUAUCACUAUGGGAACAAGAAACAGCUUCUUAAAAUGAAGUCUUUCUUCCGACAAGAAGUGGAGAACAACACGUUAGGAAGCCCUGCUGCCUCAGAGCUUCUGCAGCAUCUGAAACCCACCUACUGGUUCUCAGCACAUCUUCAUGUUAAAUUUGCAGCUUUUAUGCAACACCAGACAAACUCCAAAGAAGAGCUACCAAAAGCAACAAAGUUUUUGGCUCUGGAUAAAUGCCUGCCACACAGAGACUUUCUGCAGAUAAUAGACAUAGAACAUGAUCCUAGUGCAGGUGAUUCGCUGGAGUAUGAUGCUGAGUGGAUUGCAAUCCUCAAGGCCACCAACAGUCUUGUUAAUGUGACUCAGAGCUCGUGGAAUAUGCCUGAAAAGAAUGGCCUCCAUGGAAAGUGGGACUACAGUGCAUCAGAAGAAGCCAUCAAAGAGGUGUUAGAAGAGAUGAAUCAUAACCUCAAAAUUCCUUGUAACUUCACAUUGACAGCUGCUUGUUAUGAUCCCAGCAAGCCCCAAAAACACGUGGAACCGGUUCAUACCAUCAAUCCACAGACCACUGAGUUUUGUGCCCGGUUUGGUCUCACUGAUAUCAAUGACAGGAUCCAGCAAGCUAAAGAUGAGGGCUCAGUACGAGGGGAAUAUGAAGAAGAGGAGGAGGAAGAGGAGAUGGACAGUACUGGGUCAGCAGAGGAACCCAGUGAAUAUAGUACAGAUAAUUCUGGACUUUCAUCCAUUAAUCCAGAUGAAAUAAUGCUGGAUGAAGAAGGUGGUGAUGAAGACUUGAGUACAUGUUCUGUUGAUCCUUCUCCUGACCAUCCUCCUGACUUCUCUGCAAGUUUUUCUGACAUCCGGAUCAUGCCAGACUCCAUGGCGGUAUCAUCUGAUGAUGCUAUGGACUCCACUAAUGAGGAACUGGAGAAAUCUGGUGUGAGUAAGCAGACGGAAGAGAAGAGCUUAAGUGAGAGACCAUUAAAGCGCAUUUGUGGUAGUGAAAAUGGGAACACUGGCAUUAAAAAAAUUAAGAGAAGGAAUCAAGCUAUCUAUGCUGCAGAGGAUGAAGAUAAAACAGAAUAAUACUUCAUAUGAUGUAUAACUAAGUUCUCACCCUGCCUUUUUAUGGAAAGAUGGCAAGAACUGUUGUGAACUAUGCUUUUAAUGUUACUUGAUCUUAUUGAUAUUACUUUCUUAAGCUGAAGAGGCUCUAUGUACCUCUUACAAGGAAGAAGAUUUAUCUGGAUUGAACAUCUAAGUCAGAAACAGACUUUUCCAAGAAAGUACUUUGUCAAAGGAUUUAAAGCUUAUGUAUAAUCACCUGAUUUCGCUUCAGUUCUUGGUUAUUAGUGUAUACUACGUAUCUUUCACUGUACUGCUAUACAAGAAUUCAUCAUGCUUGUUUAACAAGAAAAGGAAUCUUAAAUUAUAACUCAAGUCAAAGUAGGAGGAUGUCUGACUUACAAGACUGAAUGAUUUGAUUUUACUGCUUUUGUUUUAUACUGAACUUUUAAUACAAAGUAGCAUAUGCAAUAACUCCAUGAACUAAAUUUGAAAAUAGAAUUCCCUUGAUUACAUAACAGCAAUAGAAGAGUGAAGAUUUUUGUUUCUGAUGAUAUUCAUGCCACAGAAAAAUGUCAUAAACAAAACAAUGUCUGUUGUCCAGUAUUGGCUUUUACUUACUGUUUGAUAGAGAACAACAUCUCUUAAUUUGAAGCAUGGCAGUUUUAUGUGGACCAUGGAAAAGUGCAUCUCUUCUCAAAAACUCACUUGUGUGCUGUUUCCUAAAACUUGAAAACAAUGUCUUGAAAUUAAAAUGCAAAUAGUUAGGAUGAAGAGCUUCCUAAACGUGGACAUCAUCACUAUCUCGCCUUAAUUAAGGCUGGUUUCAGAUAAGGUGGUUGAUGUUUAUAAUUAUUAGUUGCUUGAGACAAUAAUGCCUACCAUUGUCAUUAGCCUGGGGUUUCACCUGUCACUUCUCUUCAGCAGUUUGUGACUUGCCAUAUUCUUACCACUGGAUUUGCGAUCUUCCACAAUACCUUCACAAACUUCAGCUGAGGGAAGACAGGAGCUGCCAGAAGAGAGACCCUCUUGGGAGUUUUCUGUUUACUGUUUGUCCUGAAUUAUUAGCAAACUGAUUACACUCUUUUGGCCUACAAGGCCAAGGAUAACAAAACUUACGAAUUAAUGAAAAGACAACGUUUUCAAGCGUAUGUCUUUACACUCGCUAGUCUUCCUAUCAAAUACUGCUGGUGUGCUGUGCUGAGGUUUUGGAGUCCAGACAGAGUGUGGCUUCCUCAUGACUCUGCUGCCCUUGAGAGCACAAAUAACUCCUAUAUGCUUUUGCUCCUCUGAGGCACAGGCACUAUGGAGAGAAAAAAGCAUCCUGACAGGAAAAGGGAACUGGACAGGGAGAAAUGAGUGAAAUGGAUUGGUGUGAGUUAUGUUGCAGGGAAACACUUAAAGGGCAAGACUGCCUUUCUGCAUUGUGGGAUUCAUCUUGGUUCCUCUCCUGUCAGCAGUUCACUGUGAAAACUAAAUAUGUGUAAGUAUUCAGGGGCUACUAAAUGGCAAAAUUAAUGGUCUCCACCUUCAAUUAACAGCUUUAUACUGCUGGCUACUAACAUCCUGGGCUUUCUUCCAGAGGAUGUUAUGUUUACUAAACGAUUAGUUGAGCCCUGUUAAUACUCCUCCUCUGUCUGUCUGUGCCUGCUUAUCUCUCAGAACACUCACCAAAGAGAACUGUACUAAGAUGUGAUGGAAAAACUGGAAGUGUUUGGUGUAACCCUCAGGUUAUCUAAAGCAGUUGUGAAUUAUUAGCGACAUUACUGUAGAUAUUUAACUAUCUAAGGGUCUUGAGUCUGCAGUGCUAAAAUUUUAAGCAUGCCUCAUGAUCUGAAGGCUAUAUUGGAAAUAAAGUAUUUUAAGCAUAAAA